AUAGACGUGCAUAGAUGUUGAGUCAAACUUGAAAGAAAUAUGGUGGUGAUGAUCUCAUAACAACGGGUGAACUCGAUUUUGAUCUUAAAGUUAAUGCACUAGUAUUCAUCAUCAAGAGUAAUUUUUAAUUAUCCAAAAAAUUUUUAAUAUUCGCGACGCAAUGAGUUUCUUCAGUAAGGUGUUUGGUGGCAAAAAGGAGCUGGCCGCUCCGUCGACAGCCGAGGCGAUUCAGAAAUUACGCGAGACAGAGGAUAUGUUACUAAAAAAGCAGGAGUUUCUGGAGACUAAAAUAGAAAAUGAAAUGUCGAUAGCGAGGAAGAAUGCAUCAAAGAACAAGCGAGCUGCCAUCCAGGCGUUGAAAAGAAAGAGACGAUAUGAUAAACAAUUACAGCAAAUUGAUGGUACAUUGUCUACAAUUGAAAUGCAAAGAGAAGCGUUAGAAAGUGCAAAUACAAACACUGCUGUUCUUACUACCAUGAAAGGUGCUGCGGACGCGAUGAAAGCUGCGCAUCAACAUAUGGAUGUCGAUAAAGUACAUGAUAUGAUGGACGACAUAGCAGAGCAACAAGAUGUGGCGAGAGAAAUUUCAGAUGCCAUAUCUAAUCCAGUGGCGUUCGGUCAAGAUGCCGAUGAAGACGAGUUAGAGAGAGAGUUAGAGGAACUUCAGCAAGAGCAGCUCGACACAGAAUUACUUGCCAUUGAUACAACAACGGACGAAUUGCCAGCAGUACCAACUGCUGUUCCUGUUGCCCCAAGCAAAACUCGUACAAAAGCUAAACCAGAAGAAGACGACGACCUGAAGGAAUUGGAAGCAUGGGCAUCAUAAAAUGAUAUUAGAAAUGAUGUUAAAAUCAAAGACAGAAGACGUUCUUAGAUAAAUGUAAAUUGUAUAUUAUGAGUACUAGGUAUAAAUUACUAUAUCAUACUUUGUGCAUAAAAAAUUUGAUAUACACUACCAGCAUUAAAAACCUAUAGUUUUUAUUACACAUAUUAUAUUACAUUACAUAUACUGUACUUUUUUAAUACUGGCAGUGAAUUUCAGAAAACAGCCUAAAUAAUUAAUUAAGUUAAUUUUCUAAUAUAAAUCUAUAAUAUUGAGCUUUUUUAUUAAGCAGAAUUCUUAAAUAAAAUUCUUAAAUAAAACCAAGUGAAUAAAAGUCUUAAAUAAAACUGAAGUUAAUAUAUUAAACUUGAAUAAAGAUUAUAUUGUCGUGGUAUAUAUUGCUAAUAAGUUAAUAAAACAAGAAAAAGUUGCUUAUAAUUAGUAGCAGAAGAGAAGAGCAUAUUUUCUAUUUACUGCUAGUAUAUAUACUGCUAAUUAAUAAAUAGAUAAAAGUUAGCACCAUUGAAUACCAGUUCAUGUAACAUACAAAUGUGUUCACGUGCAUAUGCGCGUGCGUGAGUGCGUGCAUAUAUGUGUGUGUGUAUACCACUGAUAAAAAAUAUACUUGUAAGAAAUAUGAAAUAAUUCUGUUGUUGUGUCAUAGAAAAAAAUAGACUAUGUAAGUAACACUUCUCCGAAAAUAUUAUUUUGUUAUUGUAUAUGUACAUAACGAUAGAAAAAAUUUUCUUUUCUUAAAGUGUUGAAUAUGCAUGGCCUUCUAAUAUUUGUAUAAAUAUAUUUGCUACAUGUCAUAAAGAACCAGAAAACUACUAAUAUUAAAAUUAAAAUAACGUAUUAAAGUUAGUAUGAAUAUAUAAUCUUAAUGUGAGAUAGAUACGCCAAAUAUUUUAAAUUCAAUAAACUGUUUUAUUUUGAUCUUUUAUCGAGUUUAUUUGAGUUGAAUUGAGAAAUCAGUCCUUUCUCUUAAUGGAGAUAUUAUUGCUUUAUGAACUAGAAAAAAACAAUAGCUAAGAAAAGAAUAUAAUCAAAUUUCACUUUUUUACAGAUUAUUCUAUAAUAAUAAUUAUUUAUAGGAGAUAAAAAUUUUUCAUCAUCUUAUAAACAAUUACUAUAGUAAAAGAAUCCAUAAAGUACUAAAGUGAAUAUAUUUAUUAUUAUAACAAAGAUAAUAAACAAUUUUUAAUUGAAAAAGUAAGUUAAAAAUAUCAAAUAGAGGCACCAAUGAUGAUCUUGACAUGUGUUGUCAAGGUUACUCUCCUAAAUUAUGCUGCGAUUCCGAGCCCGAACACAUGCACACAUCGCGCGCUUGACUACGUUUGGCUGGUUCGGCGCUAAGAGUAAAGAAUUACAGAACGAAAUGUAUCGGUAGUAUGAUUUACUAGGGAUGGAAGUGAUCAAUCAACCAUCUUAACUACCUACUUUUGUGACAUGCACAUCAGCAUGUUUCCUAUAGAUGCUUUCAUGUGUGCAUGUAUAUGUAUGCGUGAGUGGCCAUCUUGAUUACCUACUUUUAUAUAUACAGCACAUCCAUCUUCAUCGCUAAAACCAAAUACUUCUGUGAUUCUUUAUCUUUUGGUUUGGCGUGCCGAGCGAUAGAGUUAUUCCGUCCUUUUCUCUUCUCCCCCUUUUAACUCAGCUCCGACUUCGAGGAUUGCAGCGUCUAAAUGUUUUUUUGGCGUAUGUUUAUUGCACAGGCGCUGCCGGCUUUCGUGAUUAUUAUAAUCGGUACAUGAUUAUAUACAAUUUAAUUGUAAUACGACAUUAAUUAUAUAUAAUAGGAAUAAAUAACAAAUUGACU